UCAGUGUUGGGAGCCGGGUCGUGGCCCCUAGGUCGAUGCAUAACGCUGUGAAGCGUGGUCGGUGGCUUGCACAUUCUGCCUGGAAGAACAUGGGGAGAGGGUCGUGUCCCUCCGGAGACCCAAAGAAGCUCGACGAGAGCGUGAUGGAGCGCAUGCUUCUGGACGAAAAUCUUGUCCUGUCCGCGAACGACAACCACAUGCUGGAUCUCAAUAUUGAUAGAGCUUAUAGUGCGGACGAAAUCGCGCCAUGGGCCACCCCGGUGUAAUACGAUCGUCGUGGGUAUAGUUCACGGAACCUUGUCGCCUGCAGUACAGACCUUUCUCUUUGGCUACGACUGGAUCCGUUAUGGAGAGCCGCUGCGUUCACGGGUGUCCUUAGUAGAAGACAUACCAAUCCAUCCAUCAUCAAACGUCAUCGAG